CGGCAGAUGCCAUCACAACAACAAAGAGCUCGCUGAGCCCCGCGCGGCGGCGACAGCUCGCCCGGAAGCCGGGGCGCCAGCUCGCGGAGCCGCGCGGCCGCGGGAGGACGCGCGCGGGGGUGUGGGGAGGCGCGGGGCCGAAGAUGGCCAGGAAGAGGAGGCCCCCCAGCGCCCAGGAACAAACAUCUGACAAGUCUGUUGAGGAACAAGUCUUUGAAGAAUCACCAGACAGUCCUCCUAAGGAGCAGGUGUUUGAAGAAUCACCAGACAGUCCUCCUAAGGAGAAGGUGGUUGGUGAACCAAGGACAUAUGACUCAAAUUUUAAGGGCCCUGUUACCAACAGGAAUUGUACAGAUUUUGUGUGCUGCGUGAUCUUCCUAGUGUUUAUUAUGGGCUACAUUCUUUUAGGACUUAUGGCCUGGGCAUACGGUGAUCCUAGGAGACUGACCUUUGCUACGGACAGCCAGGGCCAUUUCUGUGGCCAGAAGGGCACCCCCUAUGAGAACAAGACUACUUUGUUUUAUUUUAACAUGCUAAGAUGCACCAGUCCCUCUGUGGUGAUAAACCUACAGUGUCCUACCACUCAGAUUUGUGUUGCCAAGUGCCCAGAAAAAUUUUUAACCUACGUGGAAAUGCAAAUUUUGUACAAAACGGACAGUAGGUACUGGGAAUACUACCGUCAGUUCUGCAAACCCACUGCUAAGCCUGUAUCGUCUGUUCCCGCACUCCUGUUGAAUGAAGACUGUCCUUCUAUGAUUUUCCCAAGCAAACCUUUUCUCCAAAGAUGUUUUCCUGACUUCAUUAAAGAAAACGGUACUUUAACGAUAGGACAUAGGAUGCACUUUGAAGACGGGCGAGGCAGGAUGAGGACUGUUUUGGAACUCAGAGAGGCUGCCAAUGGUAUCAAUAAAAUCCUUAAUGCAAGAGAAAUCGCUUUCAAAGUGUUUGAGGACUACGCAACAAGUUGGUACUGGAUUGUCAUUGGCCUGACGAUUGCCAUGAUCCUUAGCUGGAUAUUUUUGGUGCUGCUGAGGUUCAUAGUUGGAUUCCUCUUCUGGUUCUUCGUGUUGGGUGUGCUUCACAUUAUAGCAUAUGGAAUAUUUUACUGUUACCAGCAAUACAAUAAACUUCAGAAAAAACCAGAAUCUUUGAUAACUCUUUAUAACAUUGGGAUUCAGACUAAUAUGACCAUGUACUUUCAGUUGAAACAGACAUGGUUCGUAUUAAUGAUAAUACUCGUCAUCCUUGAAAUGAUUAUCAUCCUCUUGCUGAUCUUCCUCAGGAGACGAAUUCGUUUGGCCAUAGUUCUACUGAAGGAAGGAAGCAAAGCCAUUGGAUACAUCCCAAGUACGUUAGUUUAUCCAGCUUUCACUUUCAUUUUGCUCUUGAUCUGCUUUUCUUACUGGGUUGUGACAGCAGUUUCCUUGGCUACAUCAGGAGUACCUGUCUACAAAGUUUCAGCCCCAGAGGGGCCAUGUGUACAUGAAAAUGAAACCUGUAACCCCACGAAUUUUAAUGCAACCGAUGUUCCCAAAGAAUGCCCAGGGGCUCUCUGUAACUUCGCUUUCUAUGGCGGAAAAAGUCUGUACCAUCAGUACAUAUCUACUUUGCAUUGGUACAAUAUAUUUGUCUUUCUGUGGCUUGUAAACUUUGUCUUUGCAUUGGGUCAGUGUACCCUUGCUGGUGCCUUUGCUAGUUACUACUGGGCCAUGAAAAAACCUGAUGACAUCCCAUCUCUUCCCCUUUUUACUUCAUUUGGACAAGCAAUACGAUAUCACACGGGAUCCCUAGCAUUUGGAUCAUUAAUUAUUGCAGUAGUUCAUCUGUUUAAAAUGAUCCUAGAAUACUUGGACAGACAUCUUAAAAAUGCCCAGAGCCACACGUCUAAAUUCCUGAAAUACUGUCUGACGUGCUGUUUCUGGUGUUUGGAAAAAAUGGUAAAGUUUUUAAACAGAAACGCCUAUAUUAUGAUUGCAAUACAUGGCAAAAACUUCUGCAUGUCAGCCAGAGAUGCUUUCAACCUUCUGAUGAGAAAUAUUUUAAAAGUUGCAGUUACGGAUGAAGUUACACAUUUUGUAUUACUCCUGGGAAAACUUCUGGUUACUUCAUUUAUAGGUUUGCUGGCCUUCUUACUCUUCACAGAAAAAACGCCAGCGAUUUUGGGAGGACCAACAUCUUUAAACUACUACUGGGUCCCUCUGCUGACUGUCAUUUUGGGAUCUUACCUAGUUGCUCAUGGCUGCUUCAGUGUCUAUACAACGUGUAUCGAAACAAUUUUCCUCUGCUUCUGUGAAGAUCUGGAAGGGAACGAUGGAUCUCCAGAAAAACCUUACUUCAUAACCCCUAGCCUGCACGAAGUUCUGGUCAAGAAGCAACCAGUUCUCCAGAAGCAGAAAAAGUAGAAAAGCUCCAAACAGUGCCAACUACUUUUAAGUCGAUGUUUUGCGAAUUAGGUCAACUAUAAUCUGAAAAUGUUGCUUUGGAGUCCUGUGAAAUUUCUGAGCUUCUUCUAAAAGAAAGCCAGUACGUGGUACCAUAGAGCGGUCAGGCAUUGGAUGGCCGUGGCCUCUCUGAUGCGGCAUACUUUAUAGAUGAUGGUCCCAGUGGAAGAGCCAAGUGUUAAUGUCAAGCAUAUUUAAAACCUUAUAGCUGAAAGGGUUUUAAUAACUUUUGUAACUCAGCGUGUUGUUUCUGCAGCAGCACUUUGAUAGCCUUUGUUUUUGUAAGUGUAAACUUGUAAAGGAUUUUCAGGCAAUUUUUGAAAGCACUAUAACUGUGUAAUCAACUAGCCAUAAAAGCAUUGAUUGAUAGUUAACCAGCAUAAGGUACUACAUUUGUAAAUAUGGUGCUAUUGUUAUAUUUAUACUGUUCAAGCUGGUGGGGAACUCUCUAAACUGUGGUCAAAUGUGUAUUAAUGGCUCCUCAUGAAGUAUGUUUUAGCAAGUCAAGUCCAUAACAAACUUCUAGAUAUUAAUAUCAGGCAGAUUCUACAAAGAACAGAAUUGGAUGAAGUUACUGUGGGAUCAUCACAGUUCAUUAUCUUCUAGUGAAUUUCUGUUUAUAUUGAAGCUGAAUUUGACUUCUAGAAUACGUCUCCAGUAGUAAGAGCUUCUGGCCACCAUAAAAAUAUCCUGAACAAAAAAUAUUCUGUAUAACUCAUACUACUAAUCUCUAACACAAAUUGCCCAUUUCCACCAUAGGGAAGAUGGAUAUGGAUUUGUUUUGAAAGAUGAUGCUUUUCUUUUCAUGAGCAUACCUGUAUUUCGAGAUUAAAGUGACUAUGUCACUUUAUAAACUUUUUAUACAAAAGGUUUAAUUUUAGCUCAACUUUCAGUGAGGAAAAAGAAAUAAAUAUGGCAUUACUUUAUAGAUUUUAAGCUAAGGGAAUUAAGAUUUUGCACUAAGGGAAUAUAUGAUUGACCUCCAUUAAAUGCCUCAUCUGUAAAUACCUUUGCAAGGGGCAUUCUUGGGGUUAGGAAAUCUCUCUUUAGGGCUUAAGAGGAAUGUUACUGCUACACUCCACUGCUAUUGGCCAGAGCAACAAGCCAGCCUCUGGCAAGACCUGCGUAGUUCUUACAUGGCCAGGCAAAACAUGAAUCAGAUGCUGAUACACCUUAUCUACUCAUAUCAUGUGCAAAUACAUAGGGUAUGGCUGACAGUGUAAAAAUGCACCCCCAAAGUAGCAUUGAUCCAGUUGGCACCCUUCUGGCUUUUAUGCUAAUCUUGUGUGUAACAGCAAGGAAUGUGUUGAUCUAACGUGUUGAUCAGGAUGUGAUGCACACAUUCAACAAGACAAUCAGAAAUGCAUUAUUGCGCUACAAGUUAAUACGAAUACUACUUUAUUUAAUUACCCUGCAGCGUAGGAACUUAGAUUUAGAUGGAUUUCAUGGCAGCUUAAUAACAAGAAGCAAAUAAGUGUUGUAGUAAAAGUGUUACUUGGCUUCACCUCGAGUCAAACAGCCUUCCUUGUUUUCAUUAGCCUGAGUACAGGGACAAGUGCUCCCUUUUCUUCUUUUUUUGGUACCCCAGGUAUUGAACUCAUGACCUUGAGCAUGCCAGGCAGGCACUGUGCCACUGAGCUAUAACCCCACCCUUGCUUUUCCUUCUAGAUUUUUUUCUUAUUACUUUCUUACCCAAUAAUACAAGGGCCAGAACAAAAAUCUAGUAGAAUAGUGACUUCUACCAGUGAACUUGUACAUGCAGAUGCCCUUGCUGACUGUGUUUGGAGGUGGGCAUUGUGUAAAAUAUUGCAAAAUACUCUAGGUGAUUCUGAUAUACAUAAAAGUUGGAAAAAUCGCUUGAAUAAAAUAUAAAUCAGCAUGUGAGCUACUAGUUGCCUGUUUAAGUGUUGUACAGGUUUAUUCCCAGGUAGAAAAAAAAUACUGUUUUUUACUCCUUUGUACAAUUUAAAUGCAUAGAUUAAAAAUGAGUAGGGUUUUGAGAAGAAAUUUAGAAGCCAUUUUCUUACAAAGCAAUUAAACUGGUAUCUGUGGGGGCAAAAAACAGCAAUAUUCCUCAACACUUGCAAUUGAAAGAUUUGAAAUACUGUAUAUUAACAUUUUACAAAUAAUAUGUUUCAAGGCUGUACCAUCCGAGUGGUUGGUGACAAAACAAAACAAUUUUGAAUUAGUCUGGUAAUUUAGAAAGUAAAUUGAGAAAAAAAGAAGGUAAACAGAAGUUACCUCUGUAAUCCUGCACCUGAAUGGCAUGCCAUAUUGGCAGAAUCUGACUUGGGACCCAGAAUGGGAUCGUAUUUUACUGACAUAAUAAUAACAAGGGCUGAUUGUUUUCUCAUAUCUAUGUUUACAAUAAUGUCCAUGCCAAACUGCUGUUUUGAAAGCGCAGUGUCUCGAAGUGCUAUAAAGCGCGUGUGCAGCAGAUGGCGCUGUGACUUCUCUUACGGUUUUGCUUUGUUAAUUACUGUGUGCCGUUCUUCCUCCUAGUGGAAGAUUUAGAGAGAAACGAAGGUUCCGCGGAAAAACCCCUUUUCGUGAGCUCGUCUUUGAUGAAGAUUUUGUUGAACCGAAAUUUCUAAACUAAAGACCGGUAGAAAAGCAAAUGUCAUCUGGCGAUGGUGUGUUACCUUUUCCUCCUUGGCUGUCCGUGCAACGCUUGCGGCGUUUAGGGAUGCUGGCCUCACGACCUUGUUGGCUUGCGUUUGCAUGUUUUAUACCAAAGCUUACGCUGUAAUAUGUGAAGCCAUCGAAAGUUGCAAUGAAAUUGUUAAUAACAUGAAUCAUUUUUAUACAAAGAUCUUUCGUUUUGUAAUUCAUUUUUAAAUACAGUGGCUUGGAUCUUUUGAAAAUAUUACCGAGUAUGUUAAUAUCCGUUUAAAAUAUUAAAUCGAAGAAGGAUAUGUGACUUAAAUUGAUAGCUCCUAAUCUAUUUUUAAGGUUAUAGUUAAAUGACUUCUUCUGCAGGGAAAAUUGGUGAACAAAGUGAAAUAAACGUUUUUCAAACAUUCCCCACCCUUGUUGGACAGUAAACCCGUCAUAGGUCCACCCCACCCCGGUCUUUGCUGUCUUUUCGUAGGGAUAGUGGGUUGUGGGUCGUGUGUGCUAGGCAAAUUCUCAACCAUCCAGCCUUUCCUACUUCGUCCUUUGACAAAGUGCCUUACCGGCUGUUUAAUAUUACCCAACUUUUGUGGGCAAGUUUACAAACAUUGUUUAAGAAAAAUUAAAUCCUGCAAUGUUUAGUGGUUAAGACAAGUCUUGCGUUGAUUUUCCUCUUGCUCACUGAUUGGAAACCACUGGUCAUUUCAACCAUGUUCCCCAUUCUCAGCGUCGAGAAUACCUUGUGGGACAUAAAGAAAUUUCCUUUGCACCCAGUGGGCAUUCGUGAAUGUGUGCUACACACAAGGAAAACAAAAACUUGAAAGACUGCACGUUUGUUGGGUUUAUUUUGUUUUUCUUAAAAGAAAUUUUAAAAUGUAGUCUUUAUACAAUAGUUAUAUAACUGCGUCAUUCUGUGUUGUACACAUAGUAGGAAAAAGAAACUUCUAGGAAUCACAAAGGGAACUUAACCCUGAAAGGGUGCUCACAGAUGUCAUGGACUAAAUAGCUCCAUUACAUAUGAUUGUUUCCAUCAAAGGCUGUUGUAUAUAUGUCUCGUAUUUACUAACUUUUGAUACAAAACAGCUCAUUUAUAACACGUUGAUUUUUUAUUGCAGCAGUAUAAACAGGAACACUUUCUCAUUCAGUUUUAAAUAACUUUACUGGUACUACUAACUUGAAAUAAAAUGAAUUCAAUUUGCUACUCAAUGGUACAGAGUCCAUAAAGGCAUUCAUCUGAAGGCUAUGUCCACCAUCAUGAUAGCUGGGAAAGCGUUGCAAAUCAGUCAACAUCAAGUAACAUCAAUUUAGCUACCAUCACAUUUGUUUAAAUGUGACUUUAGAUACUCUUAGGCCAGAAGUAACUCACGAGGGCAUGACAUCAUGAGCUCUAUAAUCGGUGUGCUUCUGCUAUGCAGAAAUAUUAGGAACAUGUUGUCUAAAUACCUUUGAUAACCCAGAUGUUUCAUACUUAAUGAAAUUUGUUGUUACUCCUUGUUUUAGAUACAUUUGCUUUUUCUUCUAAUAAAGAUUUAGAUAAGAAAUAA